AGUCGGGGGGUACCGAUCCACUAAUCAUCAUCAACACUGCCAUCUUCAACUCAAAAAGUAAUCAAGACACGCACACCUAUUGAUCACCAACUGCUCAACCCACACCUCAACACCACAAUGUCCCAAAACCCCCAACCCCUAAUCCACAUCAAUGGCUACCCCGGCACCGGCAAACUCACAAUCGCCCGCGCCCUAGAACAAAAACUCGCGCCGGGAGCCCGCCUCAUCCACAACCACCUCCUUAUCAACCCAGCCGACGCCGUCCUACACCGUACCGAACCGGGCUACCAAGACCUCCGCAAAGCCAUACGCGGCACCGUCUUCGCCGCCCUGGCGGAGCAUCCGUCGACGCGCGAUUCGGUCUACAUCUUUACCGACUUCCAGUCGAGCGAUGCCGUGGGGUCCGCGACGUGUGCCGAGUACCUCGAGGCGGCGCGGGCGCGGGGGUGUCUGCUUGUUUCGGUUGUGCUGACGUGUGAUGAGGGUGUCAACUUGGAGAGGUUGGUGAGUGCUGAGAGGAGGGCGCAUUGCAAGAUUGUUGAUCCUGAGCUGUUGAGGUCCUUUCGGGCGGAGAGUACAAUUCAUCGAUUUGAGGCGAGCGAUUCGGUUGUUGCUUUGGAUGUUGAUGUCUCGAGGAAGACGCCGGAACAGGCGGCUGAAGAGAUUCUUGAUCAUGUCCUCCGUAUGCAGAAACAGACACCGACACAUGACACCUAGUCUCGAAGUAGUCAAAAUAGAAAAACUCAAGUUGGGUUCAACAUAAGCAUCUAGUCCUCAUGUCCUUAUAACUUUCCACUUUCCUUUUUUUCCCGAUCGAAAACAUCCAAUGCUACCUUUUUCUUUUUGGCCGUCUUCUAUCAUCUAUCAAUGCCUCGUUAUGAACCGUCCCAUCUAUGCAAUCACCCCGUUCGCCGCCGCUUCCUUCUUCUCCUCGUCCGUCUUCUAUCAUCUAUCAAUG